CGCUUAGUAUCGUGUAAUCUGCCGAAAAUGAACACAGACGAAGACGAGGAAGAGGAAGUACAUCACUCACUGUAUUAUAGUACAUAUUUAACUUUAGCCACGCAGAGUCGAAUCGAGGUCAGCUGGCCUGUUUUUAGAUUCUUGAAGACGUUUCUCUUCUCAUACAAGAAGCCUCUACUAUUCUGACAGACGGGUGUGGAGAUCCAGUUAUUUGAUUUGUGUGGGAACGUUAUCCAGGACGAUAUCCAGGUCACUGAUACCACUGGCUCGUUACAGCUCCUCGCUGUUGUAUUUAAUUUUAGCUUUUGAAUUGACCAGCCACUUAAAAUUGUAAACCUUGUGCCUUUUAUCAGCACCGUUAUGGCUGCACGGAAGAGAAGUCACCCUGGUCCUGACGAUGUGCAGGAUGGAUCCCUCCACACCUGCAAGCAAGGCAGGGCUGGAACAAAGCGACACAUCGCUGCCCUGGUUCUGGCGAGGGGAGGAAGCAAAGGAAUUCCUCUGAAAAACAUCAAAAUGUUAGCUGGUGUUCCCCUCAUUGGAUGGGUAUUGAGAGCUGCUGUGGAUUCUAGCAUGUUUGACAGUGUGUGGGUGUCAACCGACCAUGAUGAGAUAGAGAAGGUAGCAAAGGCUUGGGGGGCCAAGGUGCACCGCAGGAGCCCUGAAGUCUCCAGAGACUCUUCUUCUUCAGUGGAGACUAUUCAAGAAUUUGUCAGGCUCAACACAGAUGUCGAUGUGAUCUGUAACAUCCAGGCUACGUCCCCAUGCCUCCAUCCAUUUCAUUUGAAGGAAGCCCUAGAGAUGAUCACUCUGCAUGACUUUGAUUCUGUCUUUGCGGUGGUCAGAAGGCACCAGUUCCGCUGGCAGGAAGUCAAGAAAGAAUCUGGUGACAUGACCAAGCCACUAAAUCUAGAUCCUGCCAAAAGACCGCGACGUCAGGACUGGGAUGGAGAACUCUGUGAGAAUGGAUCCUUCUACUUUGCCACUAGAGACCUCCUAGAGACUAAGGGAGCUCUGCAGGGUGGUAAGAUAGGCUACUAUGAGAUGCUGCCAGAGUAUAGUGUGGACAUUGAUGUGGACAUCGACUGGCCUGUAGCAGAACAGAGGGUUCUCAGGUAUGGCUACUUUGGGCGGGACAAGCCUGAGGUGGUUCGGCUGAUGUUGUGUAAUGUGUCUGGAUGUUUAACGGAUGGAAAGCUCUAUUUUUCUGUGUCUGGAGAGGAAAUGUUGUCUGUCAAUACCAGAGACACCAUGGGAAUCCGCAUGCUGAAGAAAGAAGGAGUGGAGGUGGUGUUGUUGAUCACUACUGAGGACCUAAUGACCAAGGUAUUGUCUGACAAACUGGCCCACAAAACAGGUUGCAAGGUGCGGCAGACAGGAGUGGAGAUUCUGGGAGAGGUGAAGGGGAUGUUGGAGGAGAGGAAGCUGGAAUGGAAGGAGGUGGCUUACAUGGGUAAUGAUGAACCAGAUGUCGUGUGUCUAAACCUUGCAGGUUUGAGUGCAGUACCUCGAGAUGCCCCAGUGGUGGCAGUCAAUGCUGCUAAAUAUAUUUGCCACAGUCCUGGAGGAAUGGGAGCUGUCAGGGAGUUUGCUGAACACAUCUUGCUUCUGAAAAAGAAGGCAAAGUCUCAGAUGGAACAGGACCGCAUCCACCGACAGAACUUCUAACUUUAAAUUCAAUUUACAAUGUGCAUGGAAAAGAUUCAAAAAGUGCACGUUUGUACAUAUUUGAAGUACAGGGAAAUAAAUAUCCUAAUUAUAGGAUAUUAAUGUUAACAUUAAAAAUUAUGCAGCUGAUGCACACUGUAUCCAAGUAAUGCAGUAUUCCACCUUAGACUGGAUAAAAAGAGACACAUUGGACUUAUUCAAGUUGAAUAGUGGGCAGUGGUAACACAAACUAUGUUCAAACACAAAGUACUUGUGUUAAUAAAAAGUUAAUGUAUGUGAAAGUAUUGGUGUGAAU